AUGAACAUUCCUCCUCCUCCUCCUCAUGUAUGAGGUUUACAAUCUAAAAGACGACCCUCAGAUCUCCAGUUUUCGGCACCUCAACGUAACCUUAUAUCCAUGGCAUCGUAUCUCCAUGAAACCGUGCUUCAAGACAACAUUAACAAAAACAAUGACGAAUUCUCUCUUGAGAAAUGGAAUCACUCAUCUAAUUCCACCGAUAAAUCACAAAAUGCAUUGUCAGAUCAUUUCGAUUGUAAUAUUUGUUUAGACACGGUUCAAGAUCCGGUGGUCACACUUUGUGUACAUCUCUAUUGUUGGCCAUGUAUCUACAAAUGGAUUGAUCUUUCACACAAAGUAAAUCCAUUAUGCCCCAUAUGUAAAACUGAAAUAUCUGAAAAAACCUUAAUUCCAUUAUACGUCCCUACCUCAACCGCAAAACCUAAUUCUCAAGAAAACAUAGUCCAGAUCCCACGUAGGCCUUCUAUGCCUAGUUGUGGGGUCCAUGUCAUGCCAUGUCAACAACAUAAUUUUCAUGGCUUUCAACAAGAAGCACCCGAUGUAACUUUACCAACAGGCCCGAUAUCCGGAAUGUUUGGGGAAAUUGUGUACGAUGGGGGUUUUGGGAAUUCGAGAGAUCUUUUGUUUGGGUAUGGAGAUUCGUAUGGUUUAGCCGGGCUUAGUACAAGACGGGCAAGAAGGCAAAUAGCUCGAGAUGAGAGGUCGCUUGGCCGAAUUUGUUUUUUCUUGUUAUGUUGUGUAAUGUUGUGUCUUCUCUUAUUUUGAUUAUUUCAUUACAUGAAAUAUUGUAUCUAGAAAGUUAAAAUUUUGUUAUGUGCUCAUUCACGAUAUAC